AUGACAUCGUCUCCAUCUCCAUUUUCUAAUACCAGUAAAUUUCAAGUGUUACCAACACCAACAACAUUAUUAUUUACUCAACCAGUUAAUAAUAAUAUAACUAUAAAUAAUAUUGGAAAUGUAGCACAAAAUAUUCGACAGACAAACACUCAAAAUGGAACCUAUAUUCAUCAUCAACAACAACAACAACAGCAGCAGCAGCAACAAUCAAUGUCUAGUGGAACAAUAACAACACCUACAAAUAUUGUUCGUCUAAAUCAAACAUCAUUAGCGCAAAAUCAAUUUGGAUCUCAAACUAUUUGGACAAAUAAUCCAUCGCAGCCAUCACAGAAAAUUCAAUAUUCAAUGCCUAUUCAAAAAGAAAUAUCUUCUCCAGUUAUUCAACAACAAUCAUCUAUUUUACCAGCUAAACUAGUUACACAACCAGUUGUUCGUCAAACAGUAACAGCACAACAAGCACCGAAAUUUACCGAUGCGCAAAUAAAUGAUUUUGUUGCAAAAUGUCGAACAUUUUUAACAACACUACUUAAGCUUGCUGAGAAACAAGCACCUGAAAAAUUACCAAUGGUUCGAUCAUGCAUACAAGAUCUUUUAGAUGGAACUAUUGAUCCAGAAUCAUUUACGCAACGACUACAUACACUUUAUAAAUCACAACCACAUACAUCACUCGUACCAUUCUUUAAAUUAGCACUACCACAUAUGCGUCAAAUGGUUAAAAAUACAUUUGGUCGACCGAUAACAAUUGAACUGUUGGAGAAAUUAAAUUUACCAUCAAGCAAAAGUAUUCCUACUGCAACAGCAGCGAUAACGCCCACAACAACAUCUCGUGUCGUUGUAAAUCCAUCUCUAUUAACUCAACAAUCGACAUCAGGUAUUCAACAACCAUUAUUAUAUACUACUGUACAGCCACAACAAAAAAUUAAUCUUUUACAACAAACUUCUCAAUCGGGAUUAUUCAGUUCGACAGCAUCAUUACUCGGACAACAGCAACAACUUCAACAACAAGCUCGAGCACAGAUUAAUAUAACUGGAAUACGUCCAAUUGUUGCAUCUGUUUCUCCAUCAUCGAAUACGAAUCUUCUUUCCGGACAACAACAAAUUCAACCCGUUUCACAAACAAUCAUUCAACCAUCGGAUUCAAUUUUACAGAGAACUUUUUUAUCCCCGUCAGCAACACACCCUCAACCACAAAUUAUAACUGUUAAUCAUCAAUCAAUUAGAACAGAAAUUGUUACAAGCCAAUCAACAUCAUUAAUCAAUACUACGUCUUUUCAACAGCCACAAACACAAAUUCAGAUCCAACCAAAAAUUACAAUCAAACAUGAUGACGAAUCAACUGAUGACAUCCAUGGCAAUAAUGGCUUAUUAACAGCAGCAGCUGCUCCUGCUGAUGAUCGUCAUACGCGUCAUAUUGCUCAUGAUUCUCGAUUAUUGCCUGCAUCUAUUCUACGUCGACAUUUUGAUCAUCUAAUUAAAAAAGAUAAACGAUCGGAAGGUGGCCAUGUAACAAUUCAUGAUGAUUCUGUUCUUGCACUUAUUUCUCAUGCGACUGAAGAAAGACUUAAAUAUAUAAUCGAGCAAAUAAAGUCUACUUCACAACUACGAGGCACCAUUUCAACUCAGAGUCAACAAGCGAACAAUGAUUCUGAAGAUAUAAAUCAAAAGCAAGCAGAAACAAUACACAUUGAUGGUUUAGUACACAAACGUAAAUUUGAAGAAAAUACCAAGCGCGAUUCGAAAGUCACAGGACGAAAUUCUUCUGCGUUAAAUCUCAAUAAAAAAUUCAAAUUAAAAAGACAUCCAUGCAGAGCCAAUAUUCGUGAUUUAAUAAUAAUAAUGGAAAAUGAUAAACAUCUACAACGAUCAUCACUUUUAUUCAAAGCACUUGAUAAAUAUUCUUAG